UUAGAUGGCAAGCGUUAUUCUCGAUAUUGGAGUCUUAUAUGUAUACGAUCUUUUUCGACGUAUAAGUAAAAAAACUACAUUCAUAUUAACAAUUUUAUCAAAUUAAUACCCAAAGCCACUGUUCAAGAGCACGUAAUAGCUGAUAAUAUAACCAUACUAUAAAAUUAGGUAUUACAAGUCGUGUUCAACGACCUGUGUUUUGGUAUUUUGUUUCGUUAUUUAAUUAGUCUUAAAUAUGUGGAGUUCAGACAGUGAUCUAGAAUUGCUGGACAUGUUGUCGGACUGGAGUGAUUUAAGCUCUGAUGAAGAUAGUAAAGAAUCCUUUGAAAGAGCACUUGAUUAUACGUCGGGUUUCAACAAAAAUGCACCUGAAAUUCCGGACGACAUGUCGUUGUACGACGAGGAUGAUGCACCUUCCUUACCAAGGGAUUUACAACCAAAAGGUGAAGAUUCAUUAUUCAAUGAAUAUCAGUGCAAUGUAUGUAAUAAAACAAUCACAGAUUUCCGCUAUACAUGCGUUCAAUGCAGCAACUUGGACCUGUGUGGCGCGUGCGAGGCCAACAGAGCGCACCACCAUCACUAUGUGCUGCGAAUACCUGCUCCCAAACCCUUUACAGAGGUUCAGUUUGUACUGGCCACAAUACGACGGCAUCUGAUGAAGAGACUGGAUCCUAUAAUGGAACCUGGACAGGAUCGCGAUGACGUAAUCAGUGUGAAAUCUGAAAUAAAAGUAGAAUUUGAGAGUUAUGAUGAUUUUGAGAAUAAUGAAGAAGAGAAUAAUGGUGAUGAUGAGAAUAGUGAUGAUGAGAACUCAGAUGAAGACGGCAACAGUGAUGAUUAUGAUGACCAUAGUGACUUUGGUAAGAUUAAUGAUAAUGGUGAAGUAAAGGAAAAUGUGAAUAUUGUAGAUGUACAUAUAGAAAACACUUCACCCAGUGAAAACACAUUAGACAAAUCGGAAACAAUAGUUCAUCCUGAGUCUGAAACAGUGGAUACGAGAGAAAGUAGCGAAAGUAUAAUUAUUAAGGUGGAGCCAGAGAGCGAACGCGUGCAGGGACAACUCGUGCGCACUGAGGCGAGUAGUGCGACGAGUGUUGAGGCAAGUCCUGCAUCGAGUACUGACGCGAGUACUAGGGUCAGUCAUGCGUCAAGUACUGACGCGCCGCCGCCGGCUACAGCGCCCGUCGCCUCCAAGAGGAAGAUACUGAUCAAACGAUCGGAUAUCAUCAAUGUCAAGGAUUUCGCCUCGCCAGCAAAGUUAAUGUGCGUGGGAUCGGUUUCGAGUCAUGAAGUAAACGAUGCAGAGGAGACUGUAACGCUCGUGUUCCCAGACGACCAACCGCCGCAGUUGCAGCCUCCAGAGACGGGACAGGAAUGAAACAUCUGGUCCAAGUUAUCAUGAUGGUGAUUGAAGCGAGAUAUACUAUAUCUGAUAAUGAUACUAGGACUGGAUGUGACUUGAAAGCCAAUACCCGGGUGGAAGUGUUCCCGUAAAACAGCAAACGGUGAUGAAAUCUCAAUGUAUUCACAGUAGAAAUGUAAAUAUUUAUACAGGACUGAUUAUUUCAGA